AUGGCUCUCGUCGGUAUUGCAAGCCCGCCUCCAAUCCCUGGGGACUCGGGCUAUUAUAUCUCAUCUCAUCACUUCUCUCGGGAACGUAUCCAUGGAGACAGAACCCCAGUGACCCAGAAAGAUGUUGAAGCCUCAUAUCACAAGGAGCCAAUCUCUCAGAACUUACCUCGACUCUCCUUCCUCGACCUGCCUCUUGAAAUCAGGCUACAGAUCUACGCCUGGGUUCACCUCCUCCACCCCUUCAAGUACAGAGAACUAGCACCUGGCUAUCCAAGCCCAGCGAUCAAACCAUACCACACAACCCAUCUUCUUCCAUCACCAGCAAACUGUACCUCUACCGCAGAAGAAACAACAACAACCCCUCCGAAAUCUAUCCAUCCCUCCCCUCCCCUCCUCUCCCCCGAUCGCCCCUUCGCCUACCUCCCCACAUCGCUCCUCCUCACAAACCGUCAAAUAUACCACGAAGCCCGCGAAACGCCCUACCUCUCCAACGAGUUCGUCUUCCCGUCCUUCUUCUCCUCAGGCCUUUCGGCCGCGGGCGUGCUCGUCCGGGGAGCUACGGCGUGGCAACUGGACGCCCUUCGAUACGUCAGGCUCGAGAUGAAGCUUGGUGACUUGCGGUGUGACAAGAAGACGGUGAUGAGUUGGGGAGCGCUUUGCGAGGGGUUGGUGGGGGUGAGGGGGUUGAGGCUGAGGGUUUUUCCUGACGAGGUGUUAGUGUUGGGGUUAGUAAGGGCUUGGGAAGCUGGUAAAGAGGAGGUUGAGGAGGGCUUGGUGAGAGAGCUUGGGGGCGGGUUGAGGGUGAUGAGAGCCUUGAGGCAGGUCGAGGUCGAGGUUGAUGGUGUUGGGGAGGAGGAGAAAACUCUUGUCUUCUUCAUGGAGAAGGUGCUGGUUGGUAGUUGCUGGCUUGGUGCUAUCACGAUGGCCCCUGACUUACACCUCCACAGCGUUGCUAGAGUCGACAUGAAUCGAUACGGAGGAGGCCGCUCCCAUGAUACAUCCCAAUUCAAGAUGUUGUCCAGUAUGUGGCUAGACUCCGUGUGCCAGAUUCUUUUCCUCACGGCCAUCGUCCUCGUCAUUUUCAAGCUCGCUGAGUACGUCUUGUGGCCCGUCGCCGCCCUCAUGUUUGAGAGAAUCGAGCAGAUCGUUCCCAUCCUCUUCGCGCCGCUUCUCCGAAGGGUCUUGAUUUCUGCUUUUGUCCACUUACUUAUUGCAUAUUGGACCGCGCUCGUUGCGGUCUGGAUGGCGAUUAGGGUUAUUUUCGAUCCCCAAGAAGAGGUUGCUGGUGAGGCCAGAGAGACGGUCAUCGAUGACGGCAAACCGGAUGAUGCCUCGGCCAAGAAAAAGGAGAGCUAA